AUGAAUGAGAAGGAAGAAGUAAACCUUUCAACCGAAACCAAGCACAAGCCUGUUCCGAUAAAACCCAAAGAAGAAACACACAAUGGCUGGAUGAAGAAUGUACAGAAACACACAACAAUCCCAAUCUCAGAAAGAGCUCAUCCAACAGUUCCAUCCCCUAGUUUAAACCGACCCGUAGAGAAACAACGUGUUAAUUUUCAUCCACAACACAUUCAUGAUGAUGAGGAACCGCCAUCAUAUAAGGCUCUUUGGUUCAAUAAUGAAUAUAGUAUUAGCAGUAGCGAGAGUGAGCAUGCCGAUGAAGAAACAUUCACUUCAAGUACUUCAAGCUCUACUGCCGACAACUUCUUGUUUGAUGAAAUGGAUGAUGAACAUUCUCCCGAUUUGGCAUCUAGUAUCUCUGAGCGAGAUAAUAACAACAGAAAUGACAAGGGUCAUCAACAGCAGCAUUCACAAAAUAAUCUCAACAACAAAAGAAACACUUCUGCUUCAGCUGGUGCUGGCACAACUAGUACUACAACAACAACUGCUGGUUUGAAGACUCACACACGACACCACCGAAUGUGUUCCUUAUCAUCCCCAAUGACCACAAUGACGCCAUUGCACAAAUCUCAAUCGUUGACCACACAUUCCAAGAAUUCAUUCUUGGCGACUAAUAGUAGUGGGGAUCCUCUUGAGGAAGACAGUAGCCCUGCUCUCUCAGAAAUUGUGUCACGACGAAGAAAUUCCAUUGAUGAGACGCAACUAUUUACUUCGUCGUCAUCCAAUAAGUUAAAAUGCAAACAAAAGACGAAAAGGAGAAGAAAGAGUUCAAAGAAGAUGCAAUCGCCACCCUUAUCAUCUUCGUCACAGCCUCGAUCUCUCACGAUCGCUGCUGAGAUGGCCUGUUCUCCAGUCAAGUCCUCUCUCUAUGAACUGCACGAUGAGUCAUUUCAAAUCUCAAUUAACAUUCAUCAUAUGGAAGAAGCAUUUGAAUCGAUUUUACAAAUUGCUCCCUCAAUCGAGAGCAUGAGAGAAAUGAAACGAGAGCUAUUUCUCUCAGCCUAUGGCGUCUACUUGUUUUUGUAUGAUCGUUUACUGGAUCCCAAUCUCGAUAUGAGUGGAGAAAAUCAUGAGGCACAAAUGGAGAGGUUAAAUUUGGUGAGAAUUACAAAACUAAUGAUGCGACUAGUGAUGAAAAAUUUUGUCAAUCUUGUGGCUUCGAAUUCAAACGAGUCUAAUAUUGGAUUGGAAUUGAACAUUUUCAACGAAUGCUUGGCUCCAACCAACAUCAAAAAACAAACUGAGGAGUUUUUAGAAAAUCCUCUCGAAUCGGCAAAUAUAAUUAAUUUUCAACUACUUGCCACAUCCCCAGAUAAAACAAUGAGGGAGAAAAUAUUGAACACAAUAUUUAGAAAUCUAAAACAGACAGGUUUUGUUGCAUGUCUAAGACUAGGGCCUGAUAUUGUGGGCAUUGAUUAUUUCAUUUUUGCUUUUUACUUUGUAGAACAUGUCUUCUACUCUAGAGAUAUUAAUCACUUGGAAUCCUUCUCAGAAGAAUUACUGGAAUGUAUUCGACUGUUCGAAAAUAUGACCCAUCGAAAUGGUGAUUCUUUCUCCCAUCAAGAAGGUAUUCGCAUUGCUGAGAAAGGAUUGCAUGCCAAGGAUUUUUUUGGAAGUUCAAACGACAAUAUUAUUUUAACGUUUAAGGAUUGGGAAACGGGUGUGGAAAUUUCUCUCAAUGCUUGCAUGACACUUGUGCAGUCCAUGUUGCUCUACUUAUUCGAUCAAGAUCGAAGGCAUGAAGCGUUUUUAUUAGCGCUUCAUGCUGUGGACAUGGAUCCUAAAAACAUUUAUGCUCUUCUCUUGUUGUACUAUUACAUGACGGAGGAUGGAUUUACAAGCAAUAAUACGCCAUCGUCACCACCAACGUCCCCCAAGAACGCCACCUCUCCCAUGAAAGGUAUUGACAUGAUUGAACGUAUGGAAACAAUCAUUAAGGAACACGGUCAAUUGCCCUGUGAACAUCCACAUUUUUUCCCGUUGUUGGAUGUGAAAGAGCAUGCACAGUUGUUAUGGAAUAAAAAGUCGAAUGGACGCUAG